UCCUCCUCCUCCUCUUCUUCCUCCUCCUCCACCUCUUCGUCCUCGUCACUCAUUCCGCGUCUUUCCUCCAUCAGCAGCGGCCUGGAUGCUCCGCUGGGCUCGAACAUGGCUGUGAAUCUCGCAAAGAACAGACUGGCCCUACUCACCGCCUACCAGGACGUCAUCGACGAGAGCACCGACACCGACUGGGCCUUGUACACAUACGAAGAUGACAGCAACGACUUGACGCUGGCGUCAUCAGGAGGCGGCGGCCUGGCAGAAAUCACGCUGACUUUCGACAACGCCAGGGUGAUGUACGGCUUCUGCAGCCUGAAGGAGCCCAACGCCGCUUUGCCGCGAUACAUCCUCAUCAACUGGGUGGGAGACGACGUCCCCGACGCCAGGAAAUGCGCCUGCGCCAGCCACGUGGCCACCAUCGCAGACUUCUUCCAGGGCGUAGCGGUCAUCAUUAACGCCAGCAGUCUGGACGACAUGGAUCCGUCCGCCAUCGGACAGCGACUCACCAACGGGACCACGGUGGCGGCGAGUCCCGUCCUGAGCCGGCUGAAAACCCGAGAGGAGGAGCACGCAGACGUGAAGGGUACGGUGUACCAAAAGACCAACGCGGAGGUGGAGAUGAAGAAAAUCAAUCGGGAAGAAUUCUGGGAGCAGGCCAAGCGCGAGGAGGAGCUGAGGAAGGAGGAGGAGAAGAAGAAGCUGGCCGAGGAGCGUCAGCGCUUUGAGGAGGAGCGGAUGGAGCUGGAGAGGAAGGAGCAGGAGAACCGAGAGCGGCGCUAUCGCGAGCGAGAGAGGCAGAUCGAAGAGCACAGGAAGAAGAUGCAAGAGGAAGAGGAGGCCAAAGACAGACUGCAGACCCAGACCACCUUACCGGCGGAGCUGAGCUUCGAUGACCUCAGCCUGGACAAGAAGGAGUCUGAAGUGGAGGUUCAGGAGGCGAAGGCCAUCAUCGCUCAGCGGUCCGGAAACCCUCGCGAGUUCUUCAAGCAGAAGGAACGAGCCAUGACCAUCAGCGUGGACACCUCGCCCGUCACCGUCCACCGGGCCGGCCGCUUGGACAGCCCUUUCUUGAGGCAGCAGCACAGUCCCAGCAGCCCCACUUCGACUCCCCCGCCCAGGGGGGUGUCGCCCCUGCGCGCCACCGCGCCGCACGCACGGACGCACCGCGCCGCCGGAGAGAACGACGACCAAGCGAGCGAGGAGCGCAACGUGGCCGCCGUGUCUCCCAUCCCCCAAAUCGUCACCACGCCCAUCAAGGAGGAAGCCAACAUGGAGCUCGACGGCGUUUGCGAAUGGGAGCCAAAGCAGGAGCAGAAAGCUCCGGUCCAGGACUCCUGCGCCGCCUCCAAGCCCGUGCAGAGCGUGGCCCCCCAGGCCCGCGAGCCCGCCCCCUACCCCACGUGGGAUUCAACCACGGCCGACCUGGUGGACGUGUGGGACGCCGCCCCCCCGGCCGAGCCCUCCCACGCCUCUUCUGAUCCGCUGGACCUAAUGGGCGACCUCGUCGACACCCCCGCCGCCGCCGCCGCCGGCGACGUCCGCUCGCAGCCGCUCCUCAGCUUUGACGACCUGAUGGACGGCGGCGUGUGCUCGGCCGCCGAGGACGACCCCGCCAGCCUGGUCGACGUCAGCGCCUCGGAGCCCAUGACGCUCAGCUACCAGCACGCGUUGCAACACGCCGCCGGCGACGGUCAGAUGCUCUUGACCAACGGGGAGAUGCUGAUGAAGGAAGCAACUCAGGCAAGUGAGGGCUACUUCAGCCAAUCGCAGGAAGAGGAAUUCGGCCAAUCGGAGGAGGGCUCGGCAAAACCCGCACCCGUCCUUUAUAACAAGCCACCAGAGAUUGACAUCACGUGCUGGGAUGCCGACCCCGUGGCCGAUGACGACGACGAUGACUAGCCCGUUGGGCAAUUCCAACGCCGAAAAGGCCGCAAAUGAGGAAGUGCGCUUCGUAAAAAGAAACCCAUUUUUCUAGGAAAAAAAAAUGUAAAAAUGCAUAGAGACAAACGAAAAAAGUCUGGAAGGAAAGCAACUUGUGCAUCUGUUUUUUUCUUUGUUCUUGUUUUGUUUUUAAGGAAAUAACAGUAGCCAAACGAGUGGGGUUUCGCUAUAAUUUUUUGCAAGUGUGUUUGUUUAUUUAUUUUUCUUUCUAUUUUUUUUUUUUGUUGCGCUACACAGAUGUAAUCACCGGGAUGUUACUGAGAUAGCUCAUUGCUAUGAGCAUUUAUUCACGAUCCGCUUUUCAGUUCCACAUACUAGUACGCCUUUUCCUCACUAGCAAGACGAUUUGUUUCUUACUAGUAAUUUUUUUUUUCCACUACUAGUAUAAUUUUUAACCUAUCGGUGUGCAAUUAAAACUUGUGCUGCACUCGUAAAACUACGAUGCCCGACGAGUUGGCGUGUGACGCACAGACACACAAACACACACACACACGCGAGUAGACUCUAGGUAGGGCCCAACCCUACUAGUAGCUCCAAAAUGUCCGCCAGAAUUGUCCGACGAGUGUUCAGACAUGUCAUGCGGUAGUGGAAAAAAUGUAAAUAGUAAGACACAGUUGCUCUGCUAGCACUCCCAAUUAGCCAUUUCAGCAUUUAGUCAAUAUCCAUCUCCAGGUUUGUGUACUAGUACACCCUUUGUCCUCACCUGUAAGACACUUCAGCCACUAGUAAAAUGACGUUGUUCCACUACUACAUUUCCGCACACUAGUGCAAGUUCAGGUUACACUGAGGCACAACUGCACUAGUGGACAGCCGCUAGUAGCAAUGUUAUUUAAUUCCACAAGCUAACAUCUACAGAGGUUGUGCUAGCACAGUUGUGCCUCGUAACAUGUGCUUAAAUGUAUGCCAAAGUUGUGCCAUUAGUGUGCAGAAAUAUCGUUAAGAAAACAAAAUAUCGCUAGCAAGACAGUUGGUCGACUAGUGCACUGAAUUGUCUUACUCGUGGGGACAAAGAGGGCACUAGAAGAUGAACCUCAAGGAAACCAAGGAUGCGGUCUUUGUUCUUACUAGCCAAACAGCUACGUUGCGAGCGGCACGUUCGUUGACAACCGCCUGCUACUAGUAUUCUAUUAACUCUGCUAGCGCUUCAUGCUAAUGCUGUUUGAGCGUUUAUUUGAUACAGAAUAAAUCGUCUUCUGCUGCCUUUCUGCUCAUUUUGUCCGAGUCGCUUAAUCUUGUGUCUAGUCGUCCCAGAGGCUAAAUAUUUAUUCAUCGCAUCAAAAGCAAAAUAUCUCUUCAAUUGACUUUUUGUGGGGGAUUUUUUUUGGGGUGAGAGGGGCUGAUAAAGAGAUUUAAGUGGCUCAUUUUAGUUUUUGGAGCACUUUUCUCUUGUCGCAGUGUCUUGACUCGAUUGCGUACCUUUGCCCCGUUUUUUGGGGGGGGUGAAUUUACAGAUGCAAAAAAUAAAUAAAAAGAAGGCAUCUCGAUGAUUCUACUGUAGAUAUUUUUCCAGGUUUUUAGAAGAGUUUUCCUUUCAAAGUAACAUGUUGCACAGUCAUGAAAAAAAAGUAGUUUGGAUAUGUUGAUUUGGAUUUGAACACGUCAUUAAAUGGAGGGACUAAAUUUAAAAAAAAAAUGUUUGGAGUUCUAAAUUGCGCGUGCGAUUAGUUGAAAGUGUAAGCGACUAACCUUGAGAAACCAAAUAUCAGGGACAUGAAAAUAUUUUGCAGUUUGAGCUUUACAAACAUUUGGUCCUCCCAAGAAAAUUCACGCAAAGGAAUAUUUGGCCACACUGAAAAUUUCCUGAUAAUUUUGUUUUCCGUGUGGCACCAAUGCUCUCUUCGAGGAUCAAAUUGACAUUCAGGACCUUUUUUGAAUAUUGGCAACAACGUUGUAGUCUCUUUUUGGCUGUAUAUUCCUUUUAGAAAAUUUCAACUCUAGGCAAUAAUAAAUAACAAUACGUGUACAUGCGUGCGUGACAUCAUUGGAUCAUUAUGACGCUCACUUGAACAUCACUUCAUAAGUAUGCAACUUUUACUUUGCUGUUUUUGUUCAUUGUCUUUUUUUGUUUUGUUUUUUUUACUGAUUUGUUAAAUUGAAAAAGAUUUGGUUGUCAUGUUUGGGGUCGGGGAGUUUUUCAAGUAAUCUUUUGAGAAAGGGUUUACAUACACAAAAGAAAAACAUCAUUUUGACUUUGUGAUUUGAGUGUUUUAAAAUCUGCUGAUGAAAAUUGAUGCUUUUGGCCAACGAUGAGUUGAGAGUCAAAUCUGAAUUUGAAUUGAAGCUGCUUGGGUUGUCCUGAGAAGAUGCCUUUAACCACACACACACACACACGCGCGCGCUUGUCGCUCUUGUUUUGCUCUUUUUUGAAAGGUUGAAGCCGCUGCUAGUUUUCAUGUGAUCAUCCACGCUCUUUGACUCCUUACUUAACAUAAUCGACUUAACAUAAACGAAACGUACAGUAGACGUCAUGGUUUCCAUUUGUCACGAUCUGUUCUCGAAAAUGUCCACCGAUGCAUUCAAAUUAAACUUGUUUUCUAAAGGUGCAA